GUUCGCCUCAGCCUGACCACCAAAAAACAAAUCCUAUGCCCCGCUUGCAGCCAACUAUUAAGUGGUGAAUACAGGGGAAGAGUUCACAGCAAACCACACACCGCUACAAUUCGAGGUUAUAUGCUCCAACAUCCCACACCCGAAAAAAGAAGAGUCAAUCCCUUCCCCAGGCCUCAUUCAGCCAAACCGAGUUGAGCUUCAACCAGCAUAAAAAAAGAAAAAAAAUAAUAAACUCACCACCCCUACAAAUGGCAUCCGUCCCCAAUUCCGACCUUGAAUACUCGGAAGACGAGUACAAGGACUUUUCCUUCCGUCCCUUCAAGGUCGUCUACAACUUUGCUCCCGUCCCCAUACCCGAGAACUUCCUCAGCACCAACAAUCCACCACCCGACGCGCAGCCCGUGACCCUGACCCCGGUGGAUUUCAGCUCGGUCCUGCCCGAGUACAAGGGGACGUACGCCGUGGUGCUGGAGAACGUCCUCUCGCCCUCGGAAUGCGCCCAGCUGCUCCAGAUGGCCGAGGCCAGCGUGCCCGAGGCGGACCGGUACGAGCGGCGGGUCAAGAAGCCUAAGCGGCACAGCGGCAAAAAGGAGGGUACAACCACCACCACCACCACCACCUCGGACGAUUCUGCUGCUUCUUCCACCCCAGCCCCACAAGUCUUCAAAGACCCCUGGCGGCCGGCCUGCGUCUCCGUCGGCCCCAACUUGGAGGUGCUGGACCGCGACUACCGCCGCGGCGACCGCAUCGUCUGGGACGAGCAGGAGCUCACGGACCGGCUGUGGGCCCGCUGCGCCCAGGCGCCCGGUCUGCUCGAGCAGCUGGCCGUCUUGGGGCCCAACCACCCCGCCGCUCCGUUCAAGUCCAGGUAUAGCGCGAACCCGCCGUGGCGCUUCUCGCGCAUCAACAGGCGCAUGCGGUUCCUCAAAUACCGCCGUGGGGAUUUCUUCAGGCCCCACUGCGACGGCGCCUUCACCGACUCGUUAGACGGCAAACACCGCCAGACGCUCUUCACGCUGCACCUGUACCUCAACGACUCCAAGGCCGAGGCGGCCGCGGCGGGGAGGGAGCCGACGGACCUGGUCGGCGGUGCCACCCCUUUCCUCAGCAGGCACGGGUCGCGUAGGAUCGACGUCCACCCGCGCUGCGGCCGCGUGCUCAUCUUUCAGCACAACCACCUCCGGCACUCAGGCGACGACGUCGUCUAUGGCGUCAAAUAUACCAUGCGGACCGACCUUCUGUACGAGAUGGUGGAGACGGAGGAGAAAGACGAGCAGGGCAAGUAAAUGAUGGGG